AAAUCACAGAAAAAUGAAUGAAUAAAAUGAAAAAGGGUUGACAGAUGUGAGAGAGAUGACAAUUUAUGCAGAAGUUAGGGGAGAUAGUACAGAUCCGUUUGACCAAAACGCCUCACACGACACAAAUCAGAUAGAAGAGAAUGGAAGGAGGAGGAGCUGCUCCGCCAGCUGAUACCGUCAUGUCGGAUGCGGUGGCGCCUCCGCCGCAGCAACCCGACCCUCAACAGCAGCAGCAGCCGGCGGCGAUGGGGAUGGAGAAUAUUCCGGCGACACUUAGCCACGGUGGCAGGUUCAUUCAAUACAACAUAUUCGGUAACAUAUUUGAAGUAACCUCAAAAUACAGACCCCCCAUCAUGCCAAUCGGCAAAGGCGCUUACGGCAUCGUCUGUUCGGCUCUGAACUCAGAAACGAAUGAGCAUGUUGCCAUCAAGAAGAUUGCUAAUGCUUUUGACAACAGAAUUGAUGCCAAGAGGACCCUCCGUGAAAUCAAGCUGCUUCGCCAUAUGGAUCAUGAAAACGUGGUUGCAAUAAGGGAUAUAGUGCCACCACCUCAAAGGGAGGCAUUCAAUGAUGUUUACAUUGCAUAUGAGCUAAUGGACACUGACCUUUAUCAAAUCAUUCGUUCAAAUCAAGGGUUAUCAGAGGAGCACUGUCAGUAUUUUCUGUAUCAGAUCCUUCGUGGGUUGAAGUACAUACAUUCUGCAAAUGUUCUGCAUCGGGACUUAAAGCCUAGCAACCUUCUCCUGAAUGCCAACUGUGACUUAAAAAUUUGUGAUUUUGGACUGGCUCGUGUCACCUCGGAGACUGAUUUUAUGACUGAAUAUGUCGUUACAAGAUGGUACCGAGCACCAGAGCUUCUGUUAAACUCUUCUGAUUACACCGCAGCAAUUGAUGUAUGGUCUGUUGGUUGUAUUUUCAUGGAACUGAUGGAUCGAAAGCCUUUAUUUCCUGGCAGAGAUCAUGUUCAUCAGUUGCGUCUACUUAUGGAGCUGAUUGGCACCCCAUCGGAAACUGAUUUGGGGUUUCUAAAUGAAAAUGCCAAGAGAUACAUUAGGCAACUACCUCUUUACCGCCGCCAAUCUUUCCAAGAAAAGUUUCCAAGUGUUCAUCCUGAAGCUAUAGAUCUUGUUGAAAGAAUGUUAACUUUUGAUCCUAGAGAAAGGAUUACUGUUGAAGGUGCACUGGCACACCCCUACUUAACAUCUCUGCAUGACAUCAGUGAUGAACCUGUGUGCACGACUCCCUUCAACUUUGACUUUGAACAACAUGCUUUAACAGAGGAACAGAUGAAAGAACUGAUAUACCGAGAGGCUCUAGCAUUUAACCCUGAGUAUCAGCAGUAGUGAUACUGUAAUAAUGUUGUCAUUGGGUUUGGAACGUGUGAUGUUUGUGUCCAUAGAUUAAGAGGUUUCUUUGUGUAUAUAUAUCUGUCAUCUGAAACCAGAUGACCUUGGAAUUUGAAUUAUUUCCAUUGGAGGCAUGAUUGGUAGACUGGAACACAAUCAUAAGGUAUUUGUAUUGUUGGCUUAUUUGCUUCAUAUUGUU